AUGGCACAAAUGCUGUGCGUUCUGCUUAUAUUACUAGCUGUGUCAACUUGUUCAUCUGCCAGGCUCUUGAAUGACCAGCUUCAUCACCUCGAGCUUCCUAAAGCAGACAACAAACACAGUGUGUUUUUACCAGAAAACCCAUCACACGAAGAGGCUCAUCAUCAUCUCCGUCCUCAGCAGCAUGUGUUUCCAUGCCACACAGACAAUACAGAUCAAGCUUCUUCUUCUCAUCUUCCUGCUGCUCCUAGAUUUGGUGCUGCAGCAGCCGCCAAGUAUGGGCCCCUGGUCUUGAAUCUUCUUCCCAAAGGGACGAAUCCACCUUCCGGACCCAGCAAAGGAACCAACGACGUCAACACCUAA